CCUUUCUCUCUCCCAUUCUCAAUCUCAGAAACCCAAAAUGUUGUAAAACCUAACCUCUUUCAUUUUUGUAACAUUCUCGUCUCCCAUUUUCAUAACCUUUUCCCCAAAUUACUUGAUCCAGAAACCCUAAUUUCUGAAACGAAGAUCAGAUCCGGGGAAAAUUGGUAAUCAGAAUCAAUGGUGGGUGCAUCGAGCUCAUGGUCUCGCGCAUUGGUUCAGAUCUCACCCUCCACUUUCUCCGUCAUCGGUAUCGCCAUCGGCAUCGGCGUUUCCGUCUUGGGUGCCGCUUGUGUCAUAUUCUGUGAGGUUGUUGCUAUAUAUGGAGUUAUUGUGGCAAUCAUUCUUCAAACAAAGCUAAAGAGUGUGCCUGCAUCCAAUAUUUAUGCACCAGAGUCCCUUAGAGUCGGAUAUGCAAUCUUUGCCUCUGGAAUUAUUAUGGGUUUUGCCAACCUUGUUUGUGGGUCGUCGGUUCAGAUGAUCUUUCUAUAUGUCGGUUCAUGCAGAAGGAGAUGGACCACAACAAUCAAUGAGCAACUAGAAGGGAGUUUUUAGCAUCUCAUCAUAUACACAAUAUUUCAAUGUGGAUAUAGAUGUUGUCCUGAACAGAUUAAUAAGCUCUUUGCAUCCCAUUGGUGGAGAUUUUUUCAGCAAGAUUGAUGCCAACCCUCAUUUGGCUUCCUCAUGUAAGGUGUAUGGUGUUGUCCCGCCCCCGCACCAGUUAUUGGUUGGUGUUCAGAGUUCUGGGAAUGAGCUAAAUGUAAAAACAAGUUCAAAUCCUUGUUUGACAUCAUCGGAUGGAAGCUCUACACCAACUCCAUUAGUUUCCUCUUUUGACUUUGUGAACAGUGAUUUAUCUUUUUGGUGUUUCUCAUGCGAUGCAUAUUUGGAUGCUCAAGCGAUUUUGUAACUCCACCUUGUUUAUGAAACUGCAUGUAUACUGAAAUUUGGCCAGGCCCUUCCAUUUCCAACCACAGAUAAUCAAGCAAAAGCUUCAACUUCAGGCAAUUAAGUUUCAA